CCACUGGCGACAUCUAUGGCUCUUAACAUUUUGCAACUAAGUUGUCUCCCUCCUGUUCUAUGUUAAUAUUCUCUCCAAAGUUCAUUAAAUCAUCCACAUCUUCUUGACUACUACCACUUCUGAUUUGGGCUUUGCCCCAAAUUUCACAAACCAAUUCAGUGUUCAAAAAUUAUGAUGCAAGACCAAAUUGGCAUUCCUGCUUGCUUCUCAUCAGGGGAGAAGUUGACUGAUGACCCUGCUGCAGUAACCAGGUCAGGGCAAAGUGUGUUCAUGUCCGUUUACCGGACUAAAAUUGCUGAUCGGUGUCGUUUAAUCACCGUCACAUGGUGCAAGAACUUGUUACUCCAUGGCCUAUCUGUAUCGGUAGAAGGGCCGGAUGGCGAAAGCCAGUAUAUAUGUAAAGUUGAGCUGAAGCCAUGGUACUUCUGGAGGAAACAAGGGUCAAAGAGGUUUAUAGUGGAUGAUAAGCCUGUUGAUAUUUUUUGGGACCUUAAGGCUGCAAAAUUCAAUGGCGAAACCGAGCCGAGUUCAGAGUACUAUGUUGCAGUUGUUAGUGAUGAAGAGGUUGUAUUGCUCCUUGGAGACUUGAAGAAAGAUGCAUAUAGAAAGACAAGAUGUAGACCUGCUCUUAUUGAUCCCCUUUUGGUCUCUAGAAGGGAACACAUAUUUGGUAAGAAGAAAUAUUCGACAAGAGUUAAGUUCCAUGAGAAAGGUAGAUUCCAUGAGAUCUCAAUUGAGUGCAAGAACAGGAUUAACAAUGGUGGAAAUCUCAGUAAUGGCGAUUCUUUACGCGGGGCUGAUCCAGAAAUGGAGAUAAGGAUUGAUGGGCAAUUGGUCAUUCAUGUCAAGCAUUUACAGUGGAAAUUUAGAGGUAAUGAAUGUGUUCAUGUCAACAAAGUAAGAGUAGAAGUGUAUUGGGAUGUUCAUGAUUGGCUUUUUAGUCCUGGUUUAAGGCAUGCAUUGUUUAUUUUCAAGCCAACUUUGCUAUCCAUAUCUCCUUCAUCAGUAUCAAAUUUGUCAUCGCCGCCAUUGUCGUCGACACCAUUGUCAUCACAGACAGGGAGUUCUAGCUCAGCAGAAGGGUUUAAUUCAAGUGGGUCAUCUGAGUUUUGCCUGUUUCUAUAUGCUUGGAAGGGACAAAACAUAGCUGGAAAAGGAAAGGAGGCUCAUGAUCAUGGGCCAAUAUGGAGUGUGGUGAGGAUGGAGAGUGCUGACAGAGAGCACAUGGGAGGAGGUGGGACCUAA